UCUUCGGAAAAAUCCGAUCAAGUAGAUUCCCUUGAUGUCGACAAAAGCGCCAUUUUUGUUGAUUUUUCGAAUUCGCAUUAAUUUACAAGAAAUCCACCUAAAUAACUAAAGGAUGGCACAAGAAGCGAUAUACACCCAGUUUUUCUCACAGACAACCUGUCUUUUCCUGCUCGUAACAAUUAAUUUCAUCUUCAGACUUCAUCUCUUGCCCAUCGCACGAAUACAGGCACAAGAGAGAAAAACGAGGUGUGAGGUCCCUUCAGUAAAGCCGUCGUUCCAAACGUCACUGACUUGCUACUUUUUUGAAGACAUCAACAAGACCAGAGCAGAAUUUAUUGUCUAUCAUUACACACGCCAAGGCGAUAAAGAUCCUGUGAUAUCAUGCCAGUGGAAGAAAGAGAAUUUGAAUUGUUUCACUGUUCGUGGCUACGAGCUUGAUCGCAGAGCAAACAGCCAGGUGAUCAUCACAAUCCCCAGCGCGUUAGAGGAACAUGAAGGGACAUACAGCUGUAAUAUUAAUACCGCGGAGCCUACGAGCAAUGAAAACUGCUCAUUCACUCUCUUGAAAGAAAAAACUUCUUUAUGCAACAUUCAAAGUGUCAUGGAAACCAAACCGACGACAUUAACGUGCAAAUUCAGUAUUGAUGUUAAUGUGACCAGAACGGCCUUCGGAGUGUCCCAUAAUGGUAGAGUGAUCAUAUAUUGCUUCUGGAUUUACAACCUGGCCUGCUCCAUAACAACGGGAUACGAGCUUGAAAACAUCGUUACAGAUCAGCUCUUCAUCAGAGUACCACGAGCGUCACGUGAACAAGCUGGAACAUACAUUUGUCACACGAUGGGCUUCAGGCAUGAAGUCGCACAGCCAUGUGAAUUUGUUGUCACAUUAUAUGAUCCUACAGGUGAGCAAAAGAAAUAUUACGCCGUAUUACUGUGUGGAUCUAUUAUUCCCUUGCUUCUCAUUAUCUCAGGCGUUCUUCUCUGUAAAAGAAAGUCUUUAGUUUUUUGGAAGGUAAACCAAAGGAACAGAAGUCUGGAUAAAAUUCCUGAGGCAGUGCAAAUGAUAUCAAACGAAAAGGAAACGAUGUCAUCACAAGAUCAGUUAUUCUGGCUCCAGUGGGUUGAGGCCGCGUACCCUGAUCUCGACUCACGCGCCUACUUCCUGCCUCCUGUCUACUUCAACCGUGUGCCGAUGACCAGAAAAUCUAUUGCGCUUCAGGAUGUUUAUGUUCUUGAAAGAUCUUCAGUUAAAACACUCAUUUCUCCGCUUAAUCCCGUUUGUGAAUGUGACAGUGACAUCAAAUAUGAUCAAGCUAUGCAGCGGGUUCACUUCAGUCUGCAGAAAAUAUCUAAAAAAUCUGGUGAAGGUUUGUUCGGAAUAAGUUCCUUAAAUUUCGAACACUAUCUGGGUAAACCUUGUUAUGCUGCCCAACUACCUACAUCUACCAACCUCCCUUUUGCUCUACCACGAAAUUGGAACCAUGAUUGUUUUAAUGUGCUUCUUAUUCACUGUCAUUACGGAUUCGUUGUCUGCAAUGUGAAAUCUCUUGGUGACAUUUCAAAGGAAGUGCACAUGUUGCAAACGGAUAUACAUAAAUCGAUUAUAAAAAAUUUAAAACUUGCCGUCUCACAGCUGGACAAUGCGGAGGCCAUGUUGUCUCACCUGGUGUCCGACAUCGCUCCCGGUCUGCGCAUCACUAAGACCAUCGCUUUCCCCAACCUCACGGCUCGUCAGGUGCAACAGGCAAUCUCCGGUGACACCCGGCUAAAGAGAGCCCUGUGUCGGUGUCUGGGAAUAUCAGAGCCCACCGAUAUCCCAGGUCUGUGUCUCUGCCCGUAA